AUGGCGUUCGCUCGUUCUCUCGGCCUCCACGAACCCUCGGCCGUGUCCUAUUUGGUUGCAGAGGGCAUUCUACCUCCCGAUCCAUCAAAAACCCAGUACAAAUGGAGGACCUGUGUUGACGAAAGUGGGUUGACCGGCCCCGUGGACGAUGAGCUGGUGUGGACGAAGCAUUGCGUGGUAUGGUCCCGCGCAGGGAUGGUAAAGAGAGUGUUCCGGUUGGAUCCCGAGAAAGAGGAGAUUCGAUACGCUUUAUUCACGCAAUUUGCGGCGGGGAAUAUCAAGAAAUCUAACCAAACUACGGGGAAUACAGUUCCCAAUCGAUCCCGGGCCACAACCACAGUGACUGGUGCACGCGGCACUGAAAGCCAGAGAAAUGGGGGCUCGUCGACACUGGAAAGCCCGGGCUCGACAUUGGACUUGCAUGGAGAUGCGCAGGUUGCUGUGGUUGCACCUCAGCAGCCGAGCGAGAGACUUUCGAGGGCUCUGGUCGUGGUCCUCAAGUCGCAGGCCCAUAUCUUCUUCGUUGCGGGGAACAGCCAUACGAUCCCCCUUCCUUUCGAGGUGGAAUCAGUUUUCGCCACUCCUCAGGGUCUUCUCUUUCAAAGAAAGGGUUUGGAGGAAAUCGAGGCACUCGAAAACCCAAGCGCACCUCCCAAUUCAUUCAUGACUGCUCCGUUAUUCGAUCCCCGAGCAUCUCAAUCAUUAGAUAUUCCACCAGCACCCAGCAAAACCACCCAACCAUCAUUGAAAUUGUCGUCUGCGCAAGGCACUAGCUCAGGUACCGAUCUCCCUCGGGUCUUCUCCCUAAUCGAUCCUCAUUCAGAGAUGGGUUUGGUGGUGACUUCCCAACCCUCGCGGUGGUUGCAACGCAGCGUCAGCAGCAUCAAGAGGAGUCCACCUGGGCUAGAGGUGCUGGACCCAGCGGAUGACAUCGUGUAUGUUUCUUCCAAAGAUGAGCUCUCGAGCUUGGGCGCAUCUCCGAUGAAUGCACAUUUGAUCCUGGUGGUCACCAUUAACACAACAACUGGACUCUAUACAAUAUGGGCUGCACGGUACAAGAGCGACCAAACGGGAAGCUCAAUGAGAGAAAAGGCCAGACGAGAAACGGGAGGCACUCGAUCGAACCGAAGAAGCUCGUACUUCGGAAUGGCAACUGGCGCAACCACACCUGCCGCACGCCCUUCGGCCAGAGAAAGCUUUGGGCCCUGGACGGAAAACUGGAACUCUCAACAACCCGAGACUCAAACCGAUGCCGAAGAAGACUUAGCCUCGAGAGUAGCGCAAGAUUUCGGCGAUGUCGGUGUUCCUCUCAAGACGUCGAGGCGGGUCAGCUCAUUGCUUGCUCGGACAGAUCUCGCAACGAGCCAAGAUCGCAUCACGUUUUCAGAUCUUGCCACGGGCAGUCAGUCAAGCACCGCGCUCCCAGGCGGAGGCAGACAGUCUUUGGGAGGCGCAAGCACCCGUGGAAGCUUUGGCUUCAACCCACGAGCCUCACUUCCCCCCGCAACGGGCUCGGUUUACAGUGUCGCGGGUAGUUUCGUGGAUGCCCCGGUGGAUAGAGUUCUCGAAGGACUCAACAGUGAUAUCCUAUCUGAAGGGGUUGAGAAAACUUCUCUUCGGGAAUCAACCUCCGGAUUGCCAGAGGAGCUCAUUUUAUCCAAGAUAGAAAGCUUUUCCUCCAGGUUCUCUGGGAGUUUUCACUCGUCCACACAGCAGACACGGCCGCACCGAUUGAGUGUUUCUACGCUUUCUUCUGUCGACUCUGGAAACGCACAGAACGGAAAAGCCGCCUCAGUGGCCGUCUGCAUCGUCGACCAAGAUUCACGAAACAUGAUCAUAGUGAACCUGAAAGCAGAUCGUGCGGCAGUGUCGAAAAACAGAGGGACCAAGAAGGCCAAACCCUCGGAUCGCCCAUUUCUAGUCCAUGCAACAGGGAUCCAGCAUGUCCCAAAUGUCUGGGACGCUCGCACAGUCAUCGACGGAGAAACAUCGCGAAUUCUCACAUUGACUGUGGCGGAAAAUGGACAACGUGAGUUAUCAUUGCAAACGCUAUGGGGGAGCCCGACAAAGGUUGAGAUCCCUGUUCCUCUGCAAUUGUAUGAACCCCAUGGGGUGUCUGCCAGCAAAAUCGUGGGUCGUUCGAGAGAAAGUGGUGUCAACCGGGUCAUGGCAGACCCCGACCUCGUUUUCACGGAAUUCGAUCAUGGCUGCUCGAGAGGAAAGAUUGACUUGGUGGAUACCGAGAAACAGCGGCACAGGCUUCAAAUUCAAAUGGAGCCCCGCAACGACUUGGUGAAAAAAAUACUCAGGAUAUGCAGAUUCUCCCUGCGAGACUUCGAGAAAGCCGGUGAUGGGAUGCUCCUGGCAUGGUGGGAAAUAAUGAAAUGGCUUCGGGGCAAGGAAGACAUCGGGAACGAUUUGGAAUGGACAGCUAUGGUUGUCGCAUUGUUCUCUCUAGCCAUUCCUUUUAUUCCUCAACCUCAGCCCCAGACACCGGCCAAGCGAGCCCGCCGUCGAGCAGUGGGGGUUUUCGUUGAUCUGGAAAGCUGGGAGGCCAUGCUUGAUUUGGAAUCUGGCGCCUCCGGCGUCGCCGCGCCGUGGAUGAUGGGCAGUUCCUGGGGAUGGAUUGUUGAACAGGAUGCGAUUGAGGAUUUGGAAGCACGAGAUGCGUCUCGGACGCCAAAGGCCGAACAUCCCAAUGCAACCCGAUCCACGUAUCGUUCCAACUCAUACGUGCUUCGAUGCAUUUCGCAGAGCCGUGAGUUUUUGCAGAGCUCACAGGGUGCCAGAGCCUCCGGCCACAAAGGCUACCUCCCUAUCUCGGAUGCCUUUUCCGAGAACACAAGAUGCACUGCACUCUGUACUGUACUGGUUGGCUUGCACCUCCUCCGUGAAGAGCAGAAGCUCUCCACCUGUGACUCCGAAGAGUCUCAGAGACCCUUGGGUCUUCUUGCCCCUAUCCUCGCCCAGCUUGGCGGCUGGCUGGGGUGGCAGUCCUGGAAAUGGACCGAAGAUGCCUACUUUGGCAUCGAAAUGGCCAGCAUGGAACGCUGGCAGUUUGAAGACACUCAAAUAUCCAACCUCGAUGUCCCCGCAGAACCUUUUGCGCCUCCAUCAAUUUUCGCUUUCCUCAUUGACGCUGCUCGUCAAACCCCAUCUCCGUUUCCUACCCUCCUUGAUAUCGUGGCUACAACGGACCGGGUGCCCAGAAAGGGACAGAUGUGGCGACAAUGCUUCAAUAUCACGCCCAGGACAUUAGCGCUGAAUGGCUUUCUUUCCGAAGUGCACCGCGUGUCGACUCCUCUCGAGAAGAUCAAGCUUUUACACCGCUGGGGGCUGACCAAAAGCAUCAUCGACACCUUCCCUGAAGGCGUGAGUGAACCGCUGUAUGAAGCAGUAAUGCAAUGCCAGAUUGAUGCUUCAACCGCCUGGAAUGCAACGCUUCUGGAGCUGAUCGACCGAGAGGAUCUCUACAUGUCGAUGAACCCCAUUCAUACCCAAACAUUUGCGGCACCCCAGCAGUCUGUGCUCUCCCAUGAUGCUCUACGAGAUUUCCAUUUCAUCAGCAGCUCGGCGUUGGACAUUGACACCAUCAAUGCUUUCGAGGCUUCCGCAGAGGCUGACCGGUUCUCCGUGACUCGGCUGAUCUUCCGGGAGGACAAGCGUUUCUUAGAAGCGGCGCGGCUGCUUAAUCAGUCCAAAGCACCCGUGGCAGAAUGCAUCCCGGAGCCAGAUUGGGGUGACUCGGAACUAUUGGAGGCGCAAAAAGAGCUUGUGCAGCUUGUGACGGUGCGGACGUUGUCUACCCCCGCCGGCCGCGCCAUGAUCUCGUUUAGCGGCCGGCUCCCUUUGCUGACGGAGAAGCUGCCGAUUCCAUCUUUCUCACUGCAAUGCGUGAUGAAACCAUCUAAUGUCACCAUCAGCGCCGAGAGAUCCGCAUUCACUGAAGAAAAGGUUUGCUGGGCGUUUUUCCACAACGGUGUAUCCACUGGUCUGGCGAUCUCGAAGGCAUCCAAAGGAAUAGAUACUUCCUGGAUCCUGUUCAACAAACCUCACGACCUCACGAACCGACACGCCGGGUUCCUGUUGGCCCUGGGUCUAAAUGGCCAUCUUAAGUCACUGGCUAAGUGGGUUGCCUUCAAGUAUCUCACCCCCAAGCAUACCAUGACAUCCAUUGGCCUCCUGCUUGGUCUCGCUGCGUCGUAUUUGGGUACUAUGGAUACGCUAAUCACACGCUUGCUAUCGGUGCAUGUCACAAGGAUGCUGCCACUGGGCGCAGCUGAACUGAAUCUGUCGCCUUUGACCCAAACUGCGGGCAUCAUGGGCAUUGGGCUACUUUAUUGUGGCUCUCAGCAUCGGCGUAUGAGCGAGGUCAUGCUGUCGGAAAUAGAAAAUACCGAGCAGGAUGAGCAGGCGCCAUCACAGGAGGACCUUCGUGACGAAGGAUAUCGUCUGGCUGCGGGGUUUGCGUUGGGCUUCAUUAACUUGGCCAAAGGCGAUGAUCUACGGGGGUUGCGUGACAUGCAUCUUGUCGAACGACUACUGGCAAUCGCAGUUGGUACAAAGAACGUGGAUCUUUCGCACGUGCUCGACCGAGCCACGGCGGGUGCAACGAUUGCCCUGACUAUAAUCUUCAUGAAAACCAACGACGCGGUUCUGGCGCAGAAGAUCGAUAUCCCGGACACCACCAUGCGCUUUGAUUACGUGCGACCAGACCUCUUCCUCCUGCGGACGCUGGCGCGGCAUGUUAUUAUGUGGGACAGCAUCAACCCCAGUCCUGAAUGGAUUAGCCAGAGCCUCCCGGAGGUGUACCGGCCGCGAUCACGUCUCACGGAUGUGCGCUAUCUGCGCAGCGAAGAUAUGCCAUUCUUCAAUAUCAUUGCUGGUCUCUGUUUCGCCCUGGGUCUCCGCUAUGCUGGCUCCGGUCAGCUGCAGGCGCGCGAUCUACUGGUGUUUUACCUUGACCAGUUCAUUCGCAUCUCGCGGCUGCCAGUACGCAACUACGAUGCCAGGCUAGCGCGUAACUCGGUCCGGAACUGCCAGGAUGUUGUGGCCUUGUCCACUGCCGCGGUCAUGGCCGGGACGGGCGACAUAGUCCUGUUCCGGCGUCUGCGCUCACACCAUGGCCGAAUCGAUGCUGACACGCCAUAUGGAAGCCACAUGGCGGGUCAUAUGGCCAUCGGGAUGUUAUUCCUGGGUGGAGGGAGCUACACAGUGGGCACAUCUGACCUUGCAGUGGCCUCGCUCCUCUGCGCAUUCUACCCCAUCUUCCCAACCACCGUCCUAGACAAUAAAUGCCACCUCCAAGCGUUCCGGCAUCUAUGGGCCCUCGCCGUCGAGCCACGCUGUCUUGUCCCGCGUGACCUUGAUACCCGUCGACCAAUUUCCAUUCCCAUCACUGUCACCUCUCGCGACGGCUCCACUCAGACCGUUACCGCCCCUUGUCUUCUCCCGAAUCUCUGCGGCGUCGCACGCGUCGAGGUCCGCGGCCCAGACCACUGGCCCCUUGUUCUUGAUUUCAGCCAGAAUGAUGCCCUUCUUGACAAGUUCCGGCACGGCGAUUCCUCUGUCUACCUCCGUCGCAAAGCAACCUACAGUCCAUCCGGCUCCUCGACCUCCCUCUUCGCCUCCACCCUCACCGGUCUCAGCGACGCCCAGGAUAUCCUCCCAUCCACCAGCGCUGCCGGGCCCAACCCCGCGAAGGGCCUUCCACCCUCUGCAUGGCCCACUCGCGCCGCCCUACUCUCCGGGUCUGCGUCUGCCACGACCACUCCAUCGCAGAGCCCAUGGGACUGGGUCUUUCACCUCUCAUCACUGCAAGGUCUUGACAUCCGCGAACGCUCCCUCGUUCUGCCCUCUUCAUUCCCAGCUCGCUCCCCACGCAUUACCACCGAUCUGCCCUCCGCGCCCCCCUGGCUGCGCACCUCAGCUGUCGACUCACGUCUCGCUCUGUCUCAUACCGUCCGCAAUAUCGUCCAGUCUGCCCGUGGCCGCGGCGCAGAUCCGGAUGAAGUUCGCGAUCGUGUCUGGCAGCUGCAGCUCCUGUUUGACUGGCUUGAUCGCACGCAGCCUGAUGACGACCGUGACGACCGCCCAGGCUCAUCCCAGUCUCAGACAUCCCCCAACGUGGCUGCUGCGUCAGGGUUGUGGUUGCGGAGAGACUUUAUCGAGGAAGCUAGGUGGCAGAUCUGGGGUGUGCAGAUUGGGGAUCGCGUUGAAGGGGAGAGCAACGUUGUUUCUCUUUAA